AUGACUCUGACAUUCAGUUUACGUUGUAGGGUGCUUGCUGCUGCUCUCCUGGUGGCUGUCAUUGUCGCCGAUGCUAGUGCAAGCGACCAUAGAUAUGGCCAAGGGGACAAGGUGCCUUUCUACGCGAACAAAGUCGGUCCUUUUCACAACCCGAGCGAAACGUACAAGUUCUUCGACCUGCCGUUUUGCCAGCCAGGGAAGAUAAACGAGAAGCUGGAAGACCUCGGCGAGGUUCUGAACGGCGAUCGCAUGGUUCAGGCCCCUUACGAGCUGAACUUCCGCGUAGAUCACGAACGCACCACACUCUGCAAGCGAACUCUCGCCGUUAAGGACGUCCAGAAGUUCCGCGAUGCGGUCAUGAACGACUACUAUUUCCAGAUGUACUACGACGAUCUCCCGAUCUGGGGUUUCAUCGGCAAGGUCGACACGGAUCCCAAGAACCAGCACUUUUUCCUCUUCACGCACGUGCAUUUUGAAGUAGAGUACAACAAUGACCGCGUGGUGGAGAUCAGCGUGGCGACUGACGCUGGUACCGCGGUGGACAUUACCGAGGAUAAGGAGAUGGAGGUGGAAUUCACGUAUUCCGCCAAGUGGAAGCAGACGGACAAGUCAUUUGACAAGCGCAUGGACAAGUACUCGCGCUACUCGUUCCUCCCGCAGCAUCUGGAGAUCCACUGGUUCUCCAUCAUCAACUCGUGUGUCACGGUGCUGCUGCUUACCGGCUUCCUGGCCACCAUUCUCAUGCGCGUCCUCAAGAACGACUUCAUCAAGUACUCGCGUGACGAGGAGUCGUCAGAAGAGCAGGAGGAGACGGGGUGGAAGUACAUUCAUGGCGACGUCUUCCGCUUCCCCAAGAACAAGGACUUCUUCUGCGCCGUUCUUGGCAGCGGCACUCAAUUGCUCUUUCUGGUCAUCUUCAUCUUCAUCCUCGCUCUUGUGGGGGUGUUUUACCCUUACAAUCGCGGUGCUCUGUGGACGGCGCUGGUGGUGAUCUAUGCGCUGACCUCUGGAAUUGCUGGGUACACGGCUGCGUCUUUCUACAAGCAGAUGGAGGGCACCAACUGGGUGCGCAACAUUCUGCUGACGGGGUGCAUGUUCUGCGGACCGGUGUUCAUCUCCUUCUGCUUCCUCAACACCGUCGCCAUCGUCUACAACUCCACCAACGCCAAGCCCUUUGGCACCAUCGUCAUCAUCAUCCUCAUCUGGGCGCUCAUCACUUUCCCCCUCCUCGUGGCUGGCGGAAUCGCCGGGAAGAAGAGCAACGCAGAGUUCCAGGCGCCCUGCCGGACGACUAAGUACCCGAGGGAGAUUCCGGUGCUGCCCUGGUAUCGCCACACUGUGCCUCAGAUGGCCAUGGCUGGGUUCCUGCCGUUCAGUGCGAUUUAUAUCGAGCUGUAUUACAUCUUUGCGAGCGUGUGGGGGCACAAGGUGUACACGAUCUACAGCAUCCUCUUUAUAGUGUUCAUCAUUCUCAUCAUUGUGACGGCGUUCAUCACGAUUGCGCUCACAUACUUCCAGCUUGCUGUGGAAGACCACGAGUGGUGGUGGAGGUCUGUGCUGUGUGGUGGCUCCACUGCACUCUUCAUCUUUGGCUACUGCUUCUACUACUACUACGCUCGCUCAGACAUGACCGGCUUCAUGCAGACGUCUUUCUACUUUGGCUUCAUGGCCUGCGUCUGCUACGGCUUCUUCCUCAUGCUCGGCACUGUGGGCUUCCGCGCCUCCCUGUCGUUCGUGCGCCACAUCUACCGCUCGAUUAAGUGCGACUGA